AUGAAGCGAGUCACGUUGGGCAGCUCGGAUCUCUCCGUUUCACAGGCAUGCUUUGGUCUGAUGACGUUCGGGCAGCAGAACACGGAGAAGGAGGGGCACGCGCUGCUGGACUAUGCGGUGUCGCGCGGAGUCAACUUCGUGGACGUCGCCGAGGUCUAUCCCGUGCCCAUGCGCAGUGAGACAGCAGGGCGCACGGAGGAGAUCCUGGGCACGUGGCUCAAGAACAAGGACCGCUCCUCCAUUAUCGUCGCCACCAAGGUGGCAGGGUACAAUCCAGCGAGCUACACCCCGGGCAACAGGGAUCAGCCGCGCAGCAACGAGCUGGCGGACUGCCGGCUGGACAGGGAGAGCAUCCGCAAGGCGUGUGCCGCCAGCCUCCGGCGCCUGCAGACGGACUACAUCGACCUCUACCAGAUCCACUGGCCGGACCGCUAUGUGCCCAAGUUUGGAGUGACACAGUACAAACCGGAGAAGGAGUAUCCGUCCAUCCCCAUAGAGGAGACCGUUGCAGCCAUGGGGGAGCUUAUCAAGGAGGGCAAGAUCCGGCACUACGGCCUCAGCAACGAGACCACGUUCGGCGUGUGCGAGUAUGUGCACGCGGCGCGGCGCCUGGGGGUGCCUCCGCCCGUGUCGAUCCAGAACAGCUUCUCCCUGGUGCACCGCUCCUUUGAGACGGAGCUGGCAGAGGCGUGCGCGCCCAGCCACUACAACAUCGGGCUGCUGCCCUGGAGCCCCAUGGGCGGCGGAGCGCUAUCGGGCAAGUACAACGGAGGCAAGAAGCCGCCUGGUGCGCGCUUCACCCUCUUCCAGGGCUACCAGGAGCGCUUCACCACUGGGGCCAUGGCUGAGGCCUCCCAGGUCUACUCCGACUUUGCUGAGAGUGUUGGCAUCCCCCCGGCGCAGCUGGCGCUGGCGUGGUGCAAGUCGCGGUGGUAUGUGACGUCCACCAUCUUUGGUGCCACCACCAUGGAGCAGCUCAAGGAGAACCUCGAUGCAUUUGAGAUGGAUCUCUCUCCUGAGGUGCUGGAGGGCAUUGAUAAGAUCCACCUGCAGAAGAAGGAUCCGGCCAUGCUCCUCUAA